AUGGGGGAGAGACAGGAGCCCCUGGCCAUGACGGUCCAUCUCCUGGCCAACUCUGGGCAUGGCUCGCUUCUGCAGCGAACCCUGGCCCAGCUCCUGGAUGGCAUUUUCCCAGAGGCCUGCCUCUUUCUGGUGUCAGAGAGGGUUAGCCCUGUGAAGUCCUAUGAGAAGAAAUACCACCCGAAACGUUCCCGCUUCCCAGGGAUGUCUGUUUUGCUCUUUCUGCACGAAAGCCUUGGUGAGCAGCGGAUAGUUCAAGUUCUCAACUCUCUCCGGCAUUCACCUUGGCAGUACUAUCCCACCCAGAAUGCCCAGGGAAGACUCCAUUCCUCCUUUCUUGCCAAUCAGGAGUUUUACAGUCUGGACAACCAGAUGCCCGUCUGGGGAGUGAGGCAGGUGCACUGUGGCUCUGAGAUCCUGCGGGUGACACUCUACUGCAGCUUUGACAACUAUGAGGACGCCAUCUGGCUCUAUGAGAUGAUCUUGCAGAAAGAAGCCACUUUGCAGAAGAGCACCUUCUGUUUCUUCGUGCUCCGCUCCACCGCAGGCUUUACCUUGCAGCUCGCCCUGAAGCAGCUGCCCCUCGGGGUGUCAGUGGACCCCAAAGAGUCUGCAGUGCUGCAGUUCAGGGUUCAAGAGAUCGGCCAGCUCGUGCCUCUCCUGCCCCAUCCGUGCGUCCCCAUCAGCAGCACCAGGUGGCAAACUCAGGACUGCGACGGCAACACCAUCCUGCUCCAGGUCCAAAUGAAUCCAGGACGUGAUGCUAGGAAUGGCGAGCUUUUCCCCGUGAAUAGCACCUCAGGGGCUGACGUGCUUCUUCAGGGUUCCAGGCCAGCCCCUGUGCCUUCAAAGAGGACGCUAGAACCAAGAAGCCGGAGGAGCAGAGUCAGGAGUGCCAAGGGGGGCCCACAGGAGCUUCCAGAGCCCAGCGGAAGCCUAAGGGUAGACAGCUCUCGUGACACUUCAUGGAAAAGCCCCACUUGGGCAUCUUCAGUCUGCAGCGCAGCCAAGGACAGCCAGCGGUGCCUGCCUCCUCCUCACGUUGAACCUGAGGUCAAAAUGGAGGUUCGCCUCCAAGGAAGUCUCUUUCCGAAGCUUGAGGCGGAGACGAAUGUUGACACCGGGCUCACUGUGCUCAAUUCCGAACCCAGGCAGGAUUCUGCGAGCAGGUGUCCAAGAGAUUGGCACACCAGUCAGCCUCAAUCCAGCUGGCCAUCCGCCUCCCCAAACAACAAAGCCUUUGAGGAGAGAGCACGUCCUUUGUCACUUGCGAGCCAGAAGGGACUCAGUGCAUGGGGGAUGAUCUCCAAACGCCCCCAUCAUCAGCCAGAGCAGACUGAAGCAAAAGAAGAAGAAGAAUUCUUUAUAUAGCAUAGAAAAAAGGUGAUUUUCCAAGAUAGGAGAUCAACCACAUUUUCUGAAAUGGAGCGCGGACCCAUUAUGGGCCUGCUUCUUCUUGUUCAGGGGGGGCUGGUGUGUGUGGAUGCAGGGAGGCUAAAUGCUACCCCCACGUACAUCUGUGCUGUUUUCAUUUCAGAAGUUCAAAGUCUAAUGGUUAUGUGAGCGGUUGUUUAUUUGCUACCACAGUCAUAAGGGAUCACAAUGAAUGUAGACGGAAAAAGCCUACUGCCUUGCAUUCCCCGGAGAAGCACUAACCCAGCGUGGGGUGUGGAGUUCAGCAUCUAUCAGGAUAAUUGCGUUAUAUGCAAAUGAGUCAGUUGUGUUAUGCAACACUCAUUAGCGUGUGCAAUGUGGUUUUAAUUUCUACUUGGGCUACAUAGCUCAUCCCUCUGGAUAGCCUGGCAUAUUUAUUCUUUAGUGCUUUUUAAUUUUUAUGUGGCCUCUUUUGCUAACUAAGCCCUAUUUACUGCAUACCCUCUUGUGAUUUUAAAGUUGUUUGCUUCUGGAACGAGUUAAAAUGCAAAGUGGCUAGAAAAUUAUUAAUAAUUUCCCCCCUGCUCAAUGAGCAGAAACACUGGGAGCCAAAAACCAGCUUAAAAAUGAAAGCAGAAUGCUAGCACUUGCUUGCUCAUCUGUUUCUGCCGAACCCCCGAGGGGCCAGUUGUUUGAGAUUCCCUUUAAGGAGAGCAACUCUGAUUAGGCAGGACACUGGAUCAGGAUUUGUGGCCCAUCUGGCUAUAAUUGAUUCCCCGAAUUUCUUUGCAAUAUUCAUUCAUUCAUUCACUCCACAGAUGUUAAUGAAUACUGGGGAUUGAAUUCUAUGGGCAUUGGCAGUUCAGUGGCUGGGUUCAAUUCUGGGUGAGUGCCUCUCAGGCACGUUCAUCACCUGUCUGUCAAUGGAGGCUUCUGUGUCGCUGGAUCUUAACCAGGUUUCAGAGAGGCUUCUAGGCUCAGAGGGACUAGAAAGAGAGAAACAAAUGAAGGAAGGAAGAAAGAACAAAAGGCAGGCCUGCCAAUCUACGUCCAGAAAUCAGACAAGGAGCACUCCAGGAAUUGCAACAUUGCAGUCUGCAA